GAGAGCCGUUACCUGUCGGUCAGUCGUAGUUCGACAGUCGGUGCGUGUGGGUCGUUUCAUUUUGCUCCGCGGCACGUGUUUUCUCGAUCGUGCAUAUUAAUUUUUCUAUUCUAUUUUCUUGUCAAUAAAGACUAUUAAAAGAUAUUCAUUCUAUCAGACUUUAACGCGAAUCUUAUUGUAUAACAGGGAUGUGCUUGUCCAGCUUAUAAAAGUUUGGAAAUUUCUCGCGAACGAAAGGUGUUAGUGAAAAAUAGUAAAUUCGUGACAGUUGUGACUGAAAAGGCGGUUUCGAGAGGCUAGUGCAGAAGCUUCAGUUCGAUGAAAAUCGGAAUGACAGCAGCAGGGAAUUAAUCACGUGAACCAGAGAGGAGAGACCAUCCAGAAUGAUCCUAACCGUGACCGAGGACACUCCAGCAGACAUGCUGGCCGGUAGUAUGGAGCUUCUAGUCCAGUUACCCCGGGACCAUCAUGUUCAGACGCAAAGGGUCACGGUACAGAGAAGUACGCCGAUGAUGGACCUCCUCGUUCAGAUCGCCACGGCCCACAAAUUGGCCGCUUCCAGCUACACCCUGCAAGCGAUAGGAGAGCGAGGCAUGGUUCUACCUCAUCAACCCAACACGCCAAUCGGCGCUUUGGAUGCACUUCAGGUGAAGCUACUACCAAAACAAGGCACUUUUGUACCAAGGAAAGCGAAGCAGGCUAAUCAGCCUUUCGAAACAACAUUUAGGUUGCAGGUACAUCUACCAAGAAACCAGUUGUACGUAUCCAGAGUCAGUCCUAAAAUGAACUUGGGUGAGAUUUUGGAUGAGGUGUGUCGUGAGAAGAAUUUGGACAAGAAUAAAUAUGAGCUACGUCAUCCAGCAAACUUAGAGGAGACCCUGGACUUGUCGCUGACCCUGCAGGAUUACCACCUCCAGGAAGUUACCCUGUAUGCAAAGCAAGGAAGAACAUUGGGCUCCGCUUUGAGUACCCAGGACAUAAUGGCUCUGCAGAGGCAAGAAGAGCGUCGCAGGCAGCAGGCGAAACAGGGUGUAUUUAGCUUUUACAAGAAGUCGAAGGAGAGCUCUCUGAGCACCGACAGCCUGGGUGGACGCAGCGCGUCCCCUGCUAGAAGCGACGAGACUGGGAGAAGCUCGAGUCCUCUCCAACCACCUGCCAGGCCUCAGAGGAAACGGAGACCCGCGCCAAGGCCACCUGCUCCGGCUCAAGCUGAGGGCACAGAAGAGAGCUCUGGAGAUUCCAGCAAGGACAAGGUGGUCAUCAGUCACAGUCGCAACAGCAGCGACAGUUCUGGAUACCAUGAAGCCUCUGUUCUAAGCGAUAACCCAGAAUCUACUGGAAGACUUCCAGAAACUUUACCAAGGAGAAAUAAAGUUCCAACGGAGACGCCGAGAAAGCUGGCGCAGACGUCGCAGUCGAGCAAAAGUCUGGGCAACUUGGCCACUGUGCCUGGCACGCUUAGCCAUGGAAUUAGCAGCACCUCCAUAAGUUCCACAGGGUUAAGAAAGAAGAGGGCGGCACCUCCUCCGCCGGUAACCAGGCCCUUGUCAUCCGCAAUCUCCUCCCAAGGAUUAGAGCGCAUCGUCGACUCCGAAGAGUCGUUAACAUCCGACAUGGAUCCCUCGAAACCUCCUUCCGACAUCAGUGCAUCCUCCAAAGCAAACUCCGACAUCGAGGAACGUCCAAAGGCCAGCUCCGACAUCGGAGUGACCACCAUACCCACGAAACUGUCGUCCACGGUUGAUUUCACCAAAUCAGACUGUCCAAACGCGGACGCGGAGCUGAAGAGCAGCAAGUCAGACAUCGAAACGCGUCAUAGAUCAGGAUUCGUGAACGUUAAGUUGUCGAACACGAUGGCUGGAAAUCCCACACCUAUAGAGGACGCUCCUGUAGACGCUAGAGUAUCGCGAAAGAGAGUUGGAGAAUCUGUUCCACUUCCAAAGCCUAGAAAAGCAGCCCCGCGACCCGUGGUGCCAAAACGCAAGCUAGCACCGUCUUUUCCACCGAGUAACACCCUCAGUAGUGGCUCUGACAAUGUAGAGCGCCUGUUGAACGCUGGCACAAACCCCAGCAUCGAUGCUUCUUCGACUGACACGAGUUCAGAGGUCGUUCAGAGUUCUACAAACUUUGAAGAAAAGCUAGAAACAGCUUCCAAUUGUUCCACCAGCGAGAGUGAAGUAUUUCUGACGCCUGGAGUUGAUCAGAGUGAAGCAACCUUUGAUUACAACUCUGUAAUUCUGAAAGAAGAUGAAGGUGAAUCAUUGACUGCUGUACAGACAGAUAAUAAAGAAGAGGAGGUAUGCAGCAGCAAGGAAAAGAAUAUAGAAAAUCCUUCAACAGCGAAAGGCAGUUCUAAUCAAGAGAAGAAACUCUGCGCUGUGAUUUCAACGAUACCAAAGUGUGAAGUACUGAAUGCGCUGAAUGUUGACAAUACGAAGACUCAGAACAAAGAGAAGGAAGGUUUAAAGGAUCCAAAGCGAACCAGAAUCCCUAGGACAGCAUCAAAGUCAAAUGAUUUUGAGACAAACUCUCUGGAAAGGCAAAGGAGACAUUUGACCUCCCAGUUGGAAGAUAUCACGUUUGCUUUGAACUUAAAUGUGGCGUCUAAUGUUGGCUUAUUGUCUGACCGGUCAGAAAAGUUUCAGGGAAAUGCGCAGCAACUGGAGGAGAAGCAGAACAAUUGUUCCCAGAGUGUGGGUGGAGGAAAGUCUCAUCCUGGAAUGAAUGCAUCAGAUAAAGAAUUCUCAGAAACGGAUGUUUUACUGCAGAAGGUGUCCGACACCCUCUCCAACUCUUUACCAGUUUCCAACGAAAAGGCUUCAACUGAAACAAAGUCAAAAAUAAACAUCCCCAAAGACACGGAUCAAAAGAACAAGGACAUUGACUCUGCGGAUAGCUCAAACUCCACUAACGCUAUGAAUCUGACUGCAAAUUCCCAGCAAGAUACAUCAGACUACGUAUCAGCUGCGGAUGAAGACCUGUCCAUAGCUGAAUGGGAAUACCAGCUUCCAGCUCCACCAAGUGCCUUCCGGGACAGCUCUUCUCCAGUGUUCGACAAUUUUGAUGAGAUCACUCCAUCCUCUGAGGCUACAAAGGAUUCUAAGAUCAAGGAGCCUGAAUUUUCAGGUACCAAUGAUCCAAAGGAUUCUUUGAAGGAACAUCAUCCAAAGAAGCAAGAAAGCAAAGAGACUCUGAAGAAAGAAGCAACUCAUGAAAAAGUAUUCAAACGAGUUGAAUCAAGCUUGAAGAAAGAAGUGAUCAACGAAUUGGAGAACAAAAUUAGUAGUUUACCUCAGACUGCGAAGGAUGUGGACUCAAGGAGAGCAUCGAGUAACUCUUCAGCUCCUAAGGUAGCCCCUGUAGACAAUACCCUGUCGAAUUUCACUAUCACAACGUACACCAGACAGAAGAAUCUGAACAUAUUCGAAGAAGUAGAGCAACAAUCUCGUAAGAAGAACUCGGACGAGAGAUUCGUCAGGUCGUUUGCAACCCUGUCCAGGAACCAGGACAGAGAUCUGACGGAUUUCAGUUCAGGAACAUUGCAGGAGAAGAAACAGGAACCAAAGAUGAACAGAACAGAGACGUUGCAGAGGUGGCAGACCAACAAUGAGAAAAGCAAUAUCCAACGAUCAAAGAGUUACUUAUCUGUAUGCGACAAGGCCAAGUUCCAAGGAGGCACUUGUGAAGAUGAUGAUAAAAAUAGCGCAGAGUUGGAGAUGGAUGCUGGGAUGAAGAAAGCGACCAGCAUUAACAGCUUGAAUUCAACUGCAGUCAGGAGCAACGAGAAAUUCUCAAGGUGGAGGGAUAACAUUCUGAAGCGGCAAGAAGAACCUACCAAAGAAAGUCAACUGCAAUCUGUACAGGUGCUGAAGAGCAUUUUGCCGCAGUUGAAAAGUGCUCAACAGGCGGAGGAAAAUGUGUCCAAAGAAUUGAAUAAUACAGUAUUACAGGAGAAAACGAGACCGGAAACUACUACAUCUAACGAACAUUCGAUGGAAUCAAACGUAGUUUCAACUCGUGAUUCUCAAGCAGCACCGAGCAACAAGAAACCAGAAUUCAAGAAGUUGCCAUCAGAAACAAGUGCAAAACGGUACACCUAUUCAGGACCCCCUGCGAUAUCCUUAGGCAGCUGGUCAGAUCGACCUAAUAUUAACGUUCAGAUUAAAAAGGACACAGAUUACAAAUUUGGAGCAAGUAAGAGCAACAGAACUGUUAUAGAUAUAAAUGGCAGUAAGGAAGAGACGAAUGGUUCUAACAUGGAAGACACUGUUAAAUCACAGAGGAGUAAGUUUGAAAUUGCAGACAGAAGAGAACCUAAUGAAUUGACUAAGAAAUUGAUCACUCAUACCACAGCGUCUGGCUUCAAGAAGCCAGUAUUGAAUAAAGUCAAUUCAGAGUCAAAAACUGUAAGCGAUAAACCUGUGGUGACAGGUGUAGAGCUGAAAAAAAGCUUCCUGGAGAAUAAACAAGAUGACAGUGUUAUAGAUACCACGCCUAUGAACUUCAAAGAAUUGUCCAAAGCGUUUGAUCAGGAGGUCUAUCUGCGACCAAAACCAAAACGUAUCAAUGUAAACCGACGCUCGGAUCUUCAAUUGGAAAGAGAUUCCAGUAAACAGAACGGACACGCUAAUUCUGAUCAGUGUUCAACGAACGGCUUCCAAGACCAUUCUAAAGUUAAGAGGUUCACCACAAUCGUAGGCAUGCAACCUCCAAAUCAAACUAACCUCGCUUUCAGAAACGCCAUCAAUGGUAAAUGCAAUCCGCCAAUGCCUGUUGUAAAAGGAUUCAAGAUAUCGAAUGUAAAAAUUGAAGGGAGUCAGGAAAAUCAGAAUAAUUUAUUGAAAGAAAAGUCCAAGGAAUUGAACGGUGAUUCACAACCUCCAAAACCUCCUACGAUGCCUGUCAUCACAGGUGUUACGUUGAAAAGUACCAGACCAAAAUCUAUGCCUGUUCAAAUGGACUCAAGGGACAUGUUGUUGGAAUCUAUUAGGAAUUUUGGUGGUCGAGAGAAUUUGAAGAACGCUGCGGAAAGGUGUUAAGCUCGUUACACGCUUAACUGUGAAUUCACAAUAAUUUCAAGGGUUUCAAGUUUCUUGAAGAACAGCCAAUGAAGAAUAUCAUUCCAUGAAUGCUUUGGUGCUCUAAAUUGUACAGUUUUAGCGAUAGGAGAUGUUUGACAAUAAUAGGAAAGAGUCUUAAAAGAAGAGGUUUAUUUAUAUAUUUUUCAAUCAUCGUCAGAAGUUUAGUCAACAAUUACUUAUGUCACUUUUCUUCGACUCUCUUUCCUGUAUUGAUUGUCAGACGUCUUACAAAUGUUUCAGUGGUUCGAUGGCCAAUAGUUUGUAGGAACAACCAACCACGUUAGUUGCUCACGUGUAAAUAUCGUGUGUAAAAAGUUGGACAACUGAAAGGGAGAAUAGUUGUCGUUAAAUGGUCGAUUAAAAAAAUAUAAUGUAAAUAUGGUUUAGGCGUGUAAAGCGAUAGGGAGAGUCUUGUAUUACCAUGUCCAAAUAGUCAACGAACUCAAGUUCGUUUGAAACGAUGUUGCUCAUUUACACGACACAGUCUACGUAAUUUUUGUUAAGUUUUUUUUUCUCUUUUCUUCUUUUAGUUCUUCAGCCAUUCGGUCCUAACUUCGAUGAACAAGAGGUUAGGUUCGAAAGGCUGAGUAAACGUUGACUAACACGUCCUAUUCUUUACAAUUAACAUUAAGUUUCUAUCACUGGGACCAAAGGUGACAUCUUUUAUUUUACGUACUGUACAACGAAUUCAAAUGCAGCUAGGGUGUGUGUAUAACUAUGAACGAUAGUCGUUCUUAUUAUUAUUUUCUUGUUUAUUUGUUGAGAAAAAUCUGGUCAGUCAUAGUUUGAAAAUUGAGAAACGUGUGUUAACAAAGCUUGUUCUCUAACUUGUGUUUCCAUACAAACAACGAAUGUUUAUUUAACAAUUAACUUUCAUCUUCUGCGUUUACAAUUAUACAACUGUUAAGAAAAUAAAUUUUAUUUCAUUAGAAUGCUUUGUGCGGUUAUUGUAACAAAGUUUCAACGACCAAAUAGAAAAUAUGUUGUGUUAAUUUUGCAUUAAUAACGAUGUUAUUUAAACAAAAAGGAUUUCAAAAUUACUGUGAUUAAUUAACCAGUUAGAAAGGUACAAUUAUUUUACAGAUUGUGAACAUCAAAUGGAAAUUUAAUGGCAAACAGUAAUCGCAGUGGAAGAACGUAUUAUUUACUGUAAAUAGCAUAAAAUGUGUUAAUACUGUAUUUAAUAUUAUUUUCCUUUUGCGUAAAAAUAUAUUACGGCGACACAUUUA